AUUUUGGUGCGUCAACUGGCGGACACGGACAGUUACAUCUAUCUGAACGCGAUUCGCGCCCUGUCUGCCAUGGGUUUGAUGCUGACCGAUCGAGUGCUGCACACGCUACUCGAUCAGUNGACCGAUUCCCGUGUCGAGUUCCAGUUGAAAUUGGGCGAGGCUAUAAUGCGUAUUCUGCGCGAACUGGGUCCAAUGGCCCCGAAAUAUAGAACUCCCGUGUUGAACGCAAUGACAACAGGAACUCGGGCUUCAGAACCGUUGAUUCGCGCGGCCAGUUUAUCCAACCUGGGCGAGUUUUGUCGUCUUUUGCGGCACUCGAUUGCUCCAGUCCUCUAUGAGGUACGUUCUUUAUUCCUUCCAUGCAAUACGCAAUUGGGCUGA